AUGGAUAAUUCGUACUUCAAAAGACACUUGAAUAGUUUCGCGCCACACCAUGGCUACUCCCCGAGCUUUCGCCAGGUCCCGUUCCAGCGCCAAGCGACGCCGUCGCCGAAGGUGGUCUCGAUCCCGGUCCAAUUCGUCGGGUUGGAGCGCAACCGGUCGGCCUCGGCACUGAAGAUCCAGAAGGCGUUCAGAGGGUUCCUGGUGAGGAAAAGCUUGAAGAAGAUCGCGGCGAUCAAAGGCGACGUCGACGAGAUCGAGAAGCGGAUUUCGAAGAAAGAGACGGUGGAAUUGAUGAAGAGGGAGGCCAAGGAGCGGUUGAAGGUGAACGAGACGCUGAUGAGCUUGCUGUUCAGGUUGGAUUCGGUGAAGGGCGUCGACUCUGGAGUUAGGGAUUUCAGGAGGACCGUGAUCAAGAAGGCGAUUGCUUUGCAGGAGAGAGUGGACGCUGCGAUUGCUGAUGAUGAUCAUACUCUGGGUGAGGUUGGGGAAGCAUCAGGGGUUGAUAAUGGGGAAUCAAUUUCUGAAACAGUUGGAGGAGCCGUGGAGGAUAAAGAUUCAGGGGAGGAUUUUGAAGUUGGUAAAACGGCCCCAGUGGAUCAAACCCAAGACUUGCAAUCUGUAGCUCGUGAAGAAGAUUGCAAUUCAAAUGCAGCCCCCAAAUCUCUGAAUACAACUCUGAAUUUGCCAUGUUUGGAACAAACUGCUGAGACAGAUGGAGUAACAAAUGUGAACGAGAUUAGAGAAAUUGUUGCAGAUGAAAGUGAGAGCCAGUCUGUGUCGUCAUAUAAUCCACAGAAUUCGAUGAUAGAGGAUGUUGAGGAAAAUCCGUUGGUGAAGCAAGAGGAGGAGGAGGAAGAUGGUAUGGAGAUUGUGAAAGCUGAAGAUGAGGGAGGCAAUGGCAUUGGAUUUGGGGUUAGAGACAGAGAGGAGAACAAGAGAAGCAGAGAGCUUCUGGAAAGGAUGGUGGAGGACAAUGAGAAGAUGAUGGGUAUGAUGGUGGAGCUUUUCGAGAGGAAUGAGAUGCAAACUCGGAUGCUGAGCUCGCUGUCGCAGAGGGUGGAGCAGCUAGAGAGAGCUCUGGUGUGCGAGAGGUUGAGGAGAAGGAAGAAGAGGCAAGCAGCUGCUGCUGCUGCAGAUUUCGUACCACCAGAUAAUAAUGCAAGGAAACAAUAA